UUGCAGAAAACUGGAGAGGUUUGGACAGUUUCUGGAGUGCGAUCAGAUGGCUCCUGCUUCAGCUACACCGCCAGACACGUCGUGCUGGCUUGCGGCAAGAUGAAACAAAAACAACUUGAGCUAACUAUGCGAAAUCCCACUUUGCCAGUGGUAUAUGAUGCUUUGGCGCUCAAAUCCCACAUGAUCAACGACCCUACACUAGGCACAAGUGGAAGCAGUGCGCGAGUAGUCGUUAUCGGAGAUGGAAUCUCUUCUGCCGACGCUGUGCGCGCAUGUUUAGAACGCGAUGUUCCUGUGCUUCAUGUGAUGCGAAGGACCGAGCGACAGCUUCGAAUACUCCGAGUACACUUCUGUGUAUCGUUUGAUGAUUGGAAAGGAUGA